AAAAUCGGCAACUCAAGGCCCAGAAAACGGCCGUUGAAGAUAAACUGCUACUGUAGCUCAGGCGUAAUUCAUGGCUUCUCUUGCGUUGAACCAGCAGCAGCUUCUCUGCUUCUCAAGUUCAAGAUCAAGAGCAAAGACGCGGCCAUGGCUUCCGCACAAAGUGACCCUUUUGAAUUCUCGAAAGAAAGUUCAUAUCUUUCAGGUGUCUUGCUCUUCUUCGACUUCUCAGUCCCCUGAUGCCAACACACAGACUGCAGAGUCAUGCGUUAAUCUGGGCCUCUCCCUCUUCUCCAAAGGACGGGUUAAAGAUGCGUUAGUGCAGUUUGAAACAGCACUUAGUUUAGAUCCAAGCCCUACGGAAGCUCAAGCUGCUCUCUAUAAUAAAGCCUGUUGUCAUGCUUACAGAGGGGAAGGAAAGAAAGCUGCUGAUUGUCUACGUACUGCUUUGGGAGAAUAUAACCUCAAAUUUAGCACAAUUUUAAAUGAUCCAGACUUGGCCUCCUUUAGAGCAUUGGCUGAAUUCAAGGAAUUACAAGAAGAGGCUAGGCUGGGUGGGGAAGAUAUAGGCUAUGGUUUCCGAAGAGAUCUCAAACUCAUCAGUGAGGUGCAGGCCCCAUUCCGUGGGGUUAGGAGAUUUUUCUAUGUGGCAUUCUGUGCAGCUGCAGGGAUUUCAACAUUUUUCACUAUACCCAGGCUACUUAGUGCUAUUAAAGGUGGUGAUGAUGCUCCUGAUCUUUGGGAAACUGCUGGCAAUGCUGCCAUUAAUAUUGGAGGUAUCAUUGUUCUUGUGGCAUUAUUUUUCUGGGAUAACAAGAAAGAGGAGGAGCAAAUUGCACAAAUAUCCCGAGAUGAAACACUAUCCAGGUUACCAUUGCGCCUUUCCACUAAUCGGGUUGUUGAACUUGUGCAGCUACGAGACACUAUUAGACCUGUUAUUUUAGCUGGUAGUAAAGAGACUGUUUCAUUGGCUAUGCAAAAAGCAGAGAGAUUCCGAACUGAGCUCCUCAGACGAGGUGUUCUCCUUGUUCCUGUCAUAUGGGGUGAAGGUAAAGAAACACAAGUGGAGAAGAAAGGUUUUGGUGUUUCUCCAAAGGCAGCAACUGCCCUUCCUUCAAUUGGUGAAGACUUUGAGAAACGAGCUCAGUCCAUAAUUGCCAAAUCAAAAUUGAAAGCUGAAAUUCGAUUUAGGGCUGAGGUCGUAUCACCUGCAGAAUGGGAAAGGUGGAUAAGAGAUCAACAAAAGUCAGAAGGAGUUACUCCUGGAGAGGAUGUGUACAUUAUAUUGCGCCUAGAUGGUCGAGUUCGAAGAUCAGGAAAAGGCAUGCCUGAUUGGCAGCAAAUAGUAAAGGAGCUGCCACCAAUGGAAGCAUUUCUCAGCAAACUAGAAAGGUAGAAUUUCACUUUCAAGGGUGACUCAACUGAUUACGAACUUGAGAUUAUAAAUUAAAGAUCUUAUGUUUGAACCUUCAGUAGAACAGGAAGGGAUUUGGAAAAAGAAGAUGAUUAUCUCCUCUUGUAUAUUUCAACGUCAGAUGUACUAAAAAUAAAAAUAAUAAUAAAAAAAAUUUUCUGGU